CUGUUGACAGGACGCUGAGCAAGGAAGAUGCCAACACUGUAGGGACGUUCCAUUCUGCCCACAGCUCCCUGUGCCCAUUCCCGCUCUGGGAGAACCUGGCAGACUCCACUGGCUGUGGGGAUGAGGUACUCAGGGAUCCCACUGCUAACCCCCGGCAGGACAAGAAGCCCGUCCGGUGCAACAAAGAAGAGGUGUUUGGGGAUCCCACUGCUGCCCCUCCACUGGACGGGGUGCUUGGAGAUCUCACCUCUGCCCCCCAGCCAGCCGAGAAGCCAUUCCGGUGCAGCGAGUGCGACAAGACCUUUGGGCAGAGCUCCCACCUGCUGCAGCACCAGAUCACGCACACUGGGGACCGUCCCUACCAGUGCCCUGACUGUGGCAAGCGCUUCAGCUGGAGCUCAGCCCUGUGCCAGCACCAGCGCAUUCACCGCGGGGAACGCCCCUACCAGUGCGCUGACUGCGGCAAGCGCUUCGCCCAGAGCUCCAACCUGACCACGCACCGGCGCACCCACACGGGCGAGAAGCCCUACUGCUGCCCACAGUGCGGCCGCGGUUUCAGCCAGAAUGCCAACCUGAUGACCCACCAGCGGGUGCACGCAGGGGUCAAGCGCCACGAGUGCCCCCAGUGCGGACGGGUCUUCGUGGAGCGCUCAUCCCUGCUCAAGCACCAAGGCGUGCACUUGGCGGAGAAACCAUACCAGUGCCCCGAGUGCGGGCGCAGCUUCACACAGGGCUCCACACUGGCCCAGCACCUCCGCAUCCACACCGGUGAGAAACCAUACCAGUGCGGUGAGUGCGGGAAGUGCUUUGGGCAGAGCUCGGCCCUGGCCCAGCACCGCCGGGCCCACACAGGUGAGAGAUCCUACCACUGCCACCAAUGCGGCAAGGCCUUCAGUCAGAGCUCCAACCUCAUCACUCACCAGGCCUCACACACCGGUGAGCGGCCUUACAAGUGCCCGGACUGUGGGCGCGCCUUUGGGCGCAGCGCCCAUCUGGUUACCCACCAGCGCACUCACACUGGGGAGCGACCCUACCGCUGCCACCAAUGCGGCAAGGGCUUCAGCCAGAGCUCCACCUACAUCCAGCACCAGACCACCCACACCGGUGAGCGCCCGUACAAGUGCCCGCAGUGUGGCAAGGCCUUUAGCCAGAACUCCAACCUGCUCACCCACCAGCGCAUCCACACUGGUGAAAAACCUUACCGCUGCCACCAAUGCGGCAAGAGCUUCCGGCAGAGCUCAGGCUAUCUGCAGCACCAAAGGACCCACACAGCCUCGCAGCCCUCCACCACACCCACAUAAUGGUGCUCGCCGUGGGGACUAUGGGUCUAACAUCACACGCCUCCAAUGUUUGUGCUAACUCACAGACAUGAUGGGAAUUACAAACCACAAUACAUUGCCCAGCCAACAGAGGGCAGCAGAGGAUUACACACAAUUGGACAUGCACCUGCCUCUCCUGCUUGGGCUAAAGCAGCGACACGGUGGACUCAUCGAUGGAUCUGGAUGGUUUUCCAUUUCAUGGGAAAUUCUGUUAAUUUUUUUUGGGGGGGGGGGGGGGGAGAAACAUCCAUUCCAAAACAGAAUGAAAAGAAACAAAUUCAAAACUUCCCCUAAAACAAAAUCCGUGGAAGGGAACAUCUAGUGUUGACCAAAACAAUUUGUUCUGGGUUAGACUUUUUCAUUUUUUAUUAUAUAACAUAAUAUACCAUUAAAAAAUAUAUGUAAUACGCAAUUUAAAAAAUUGAAAGGCAAUGUCGUUUGGAAAUGGGAAAUCAAAAUGUUCCGCUAAAGAUCAAAGCAUUUUGUUCCAGUUUUUUUCCUAAAUGAAAUUGAUGCAUUUCCACGCAAUGAAAUAGCAGUUUCAAUGAAAUGGCAUUUUCUGAA